AUGGAGGGAAAAUGUGAGAAGCGCAAUGCUCUCCUCGUCACUGCGCGUUCGCAUGGUCAAGAUGGCCGCGGUCACGGCUCCUCCUUCGUACUUGAUUGCUUUGAUGUAGAUCUGUCCAUAUCAGUGACAAAUGAGGGCCAUCGGAUUUUUAUUGACCAAUGCUUCCUACCGCUCUGGAUGGUAAAGAUGGAUCGCUUGUACAUUUAUUGCAGAUUUUAUCUGUGCAUGCCAGCUGAACCGGGCCUUCAAUAUAUAAGCGCAAAAAUUCUACGACUGGUCUACCGGGUGGCUUUGAACUACCUCAGGACGAAUGCUCCGUCAGCAAGAAGUGGUGUCUGCGUCAUUUUCCCGCUGAUCAUUUACUGGAUGUUGUCUGCUCUUCGGAACUGGGACUUCGCUCUUCAUAGGCGAGCCGCGGUAAGGGAUUGCGAGGUGGCCAUAGAAAGCGAGGCGAGUCUUCUAGAACCCACCUCAAGACAAGACGCAGCCGGCCAUCUGCAAAACUCGCAGCUAGCAGGAAUAUAUUACCUUGACGAUGUCUUCUGCAAAGCUUUGGAAUCGGCAUUUACUCGUCUCAUCCUUAUUUCCCAACUCCAUCUUCCGCCCGACACGUGUGAGCAGGCAAAUGCUAGACGAUGGAGUGAGGAGGCCUGGCGACAAAGGCUUAGGUAA